GGGCCGGGCCCAGGCUGCGGCGGCGGCGGCGGCGGCGGCCAGAGCGGGCGGCGGCGGCGACGGCGGCGGCGGCGCGUCCUCGGCCUCCAGCGCGACCAUCAUGAGCACCAAGCAGGUCACUUGCAGGUAUUUCAUGCACGGCGUGUGUCGGGAAGGAAACCAGUGCCUCUUCUCCCAUGACUUGGCGAGCAGCAAGCCCUCCACCAUCUGCAAAUACUACCAGAAGGGCUGCUGCGCCUACGGGACUCGAUGCAGGUACGACCACACGAGGCCCUCUGCGGCGGCGGGCGGUGCCGUGGGCGCCGGGCCCCACGCCGUGCCCUCCCCCGGCUUCCACAGCCCCCACCCUCCUGCCAGCCACGCCGCGGCCAUCGUGAAGAUGAGUCUCCACGAGCCGGGGAAGCGGGAGAAGAGAACCGUGGUGCUGAGAGACCGAAAUCUCUCUGGCCUGGCCGAGGAGAAGCCGUGUCCCGGCGUGGUGGGCAGCGCGGGCGGCUGCAGCGACGCCCAGGGCUGCCCGGAGGUGAAGCCGCACUCCUACCUGGACGCCAUCCGCAGCGGCCUGGACGAGCCCGAGGCCGGCAGCUCUGACGGCGCCGAGCAGCUGCUGUGCCCCUACGCGGCUGCCGGCGAGUGCCGGUUCGGGGACGCGUGUGUCUACCUGCACGGGGACAUGUGUGAGAUCUGCAGGCUGCAGGUCCUGCACCCCUUCGACCUGGAGCAGAGGAAAGCGCACGAGAAGAGCUGCAUGUCCACGUUCGAGCACGAGAUGGAGCAGGCCUUCGCCCUGCAGGCCAGCCAGGACAAGGUCUGCAGCAUCUGCAUGGAGGUCAUCCUGGAGAAGGCGUCGGCGUCCGAGCGCAGGUUCGGCAUCCUGUCCAGCUGCAACCACACCUACUGCCUGUCCUGCAUCCGCCAGUGGCGGUGCGCCAAGCAGUUCGAGAACCCCAUCAUCAAGUCCUGUCCCGAGUGCCGCGUGAUAUCGGAGUUUGUGAUCCCCAGCGUGUACUGGGUGGAAGAUCAGAAUAAGAAAAACGAGUUGAUCGAAGCUUUUAAGCAGGGAAUGGGGAAAAAGGCUUGUAAGUACUUCGAGCAGGGCAAGGGGUCCUGCCCGUUCGGAAGCAAAUGCCUGUACCGCCACGCGUACCCCGACGGGCGGCUCGCAGAGCCCGAGAAGCCGCGCAAGCAGCUCAGCUCCGAGGGCACCGUGCGGUUCCUGAAUUCCGUGCGGCUGUGGGACUUCAUUGAGAACCGCGAGACCCAGCACGUCCCCAGCUCGGAGGACGGCGACAUGACGGAGCUGGGGGACCUCUUCAUGCACCUGUCCGGGGUGGAGUCGCCCGAGUCCUGAGUGGGCCCCGCUCCCCCCGGACCAGGGAGGCGCGAGAGCCCCCUUGACGGCAGCCCGAGGUGGUGCCCCUCAGGGAGAGGCCUUCGCCACCUCAGCCGCCUCGACUCCCCUCGCACGGGAGGCGACGGCUAUAAAUGACCUAACAAGUAGGAGUGACUGUCACUGUUGAUCCGCGGGCAGCCGGGGGCGCAGCGGCCCCGACACGGCACACUCAUUUCCUGCAGAGGCCUCGGCCCGUGACAGCCCCUGCAGUUCCCCCAGCGUCCCACCCGUGCAUGGCCAGCAGCUGGCUCUCCGGGGCCCAUUGUUCCUGUAUCCAGGGGGUCAGGGGCCAGGCGGCACAGCCCCUCACCUCUGGGGGGGCCCAACUGGAGGAGGCCGGUACUGCCCUCAGUAGUGCACGUAGCCCACCAGAAACUGGCUCGGGGGCGUCUGGCUCUGGCCCGCUGUCUCCCACCCACAGAAGCCAGGGCCGGUCAGUGCGGGUGGCAAGGUCGGGGUGGGCCCCUGCCCCUGCCCCUGCCCAGGCUGUGGGCCCGGUUCCCGGCGCUCUGGAUACGAGUAGUGGGAAGUUCUGCUGUGCAGCCGGCAUCACUUCUCUAAGGAGGAAACAGCCAUCAGCCUACAUUUAAUUUAUUUUAUUAAAAUAACAUAAUCGAGGAACCAUCAGAUAACUAUUUUGUCAGGCGCAAUAAAAACAAUUAAAACCCCGAUCA